AUGUCCAAUAAAAAAACAAUCUCGGCUUUUUCUCCAUUAGCACUUUACAAUUUAAUUUCAGCCAUUGGAUGGAGUUACAUUCUAUAUAGUGUGAUUUUCAACUAUCCAAAAUUAGGUCAACCACUAUUUUUUAUAAAGACUAAAAGUAUUGUAACAUUAGUUCAAUGUGGUGCCAUUAUUGAAAUUUUAAACUCUAUUUUGGGUAUUGUUAGAUCCCCAAUUUUGACUACAAUAGCUCAAGUAGCUUCAAGAUUGUUAGUUGUAAUUGGUAUUUUUCAAUUAUUACCAGAGAGUGAGAAUGCACAAAAGCUCCCAUAUAUUACCUUGUUAUUUGCCUGGUCAAUUACUGAGAUUGUACGUUAUAUGUUUUAUUUCUUUACAUUAACUGUCAAAAAUGGGGCACCAAAAUGCUUAAUUUAUUUAAGAUACAAUCUAUUUUGGAUUUUAUACCCCACUGGUGUAACAAGUGAAUUAUUAAUUAUUUAUUCAUCACUUAACUGGGCUCAAUCUAAAUUUUGUGUUUGGUAUAAAUGGACUUUGAUUGGGUCCAUGUUGACCUAUAUCCCUGGGUUACCAAUGUUAUUUUUACAUAUGGUGGCUCAAAGAAAGAAAGUUAUGAAAAGUUUAAGGGAAACACAUAAGAAACAUAAUUAA